AUGAUGGAAAACUUCACGGUCAGUACAAGAGUAAAUUCGUGUGGCUCCCACUGAUAUUGAUAUUUGUUUCACCUUCGUCAAGAGGAGGGUCAUCCCAUCCUUCAGAGAACUUGAUGUUAUUAUUUUGGUUUAGAGUUCAGAUCUGUGAUUUCACCGGCUGAAAUAUCCACCCACUUGAAGCAGAUCUCGUUGGCAAAUUUUAAGAGCGGGCGUCUGCACACAUUGAUUACCAGUGCAUUCAGCCACAUGGAUGGAGAUCAUAUCUUGAUCAACAUGAUUGGUCUAUAUUUCUUUGGGACAAAUGUAAGAUCCUGCCUUCUAAUGCAUCGAUUCUGAUUCAUUUCUUUUAUAAAAUUAUAUUUAAAAUUUGAUCCUAAAUCAUUCUUCAAGAGGUAGCAAUCAUGAUAUCUCAAGACCAAGCAUGUUGAUCUUAUUAGUAAAAUGUUGUUGGAACUAGCUUCGCUGGAUCUGAACGAAUAUAUUAGUAACAUGUUGGAUCUUAUAUCAUACAGAUAUCCAAUCUCAUGCCUUUAAAUUUAUAUGCUCAAAGGUGUCAUGAAGAAAGUCCUUUGUUCUUGGAUAUUGAACUGUUUCUUGACCAGUUUCAUUUCAAUUGGCUUUACUGUAUUGGGAUUUCAUCUUUAUCGUCUUGCAUCCAUCGAAUAUGGUUUUGGAAACUAUUUUCAACUGUGCAUGGAAGAGGAUCUACUGAGAAUUCUAAUGCAGGUAGAUGUGACCGUCUUGGAUGGGAAAUCUAAGGCAUGCUACUCCGUGUAAUAUUAGACUGUCUGUCGAAAUAAACUGUUCAUAUGAACCAUAGUCUGUCAAAUAUUGGUUAAAGAAAAUGUGCUACACAAAGCUUACCUAUCCUUAUUGGACCAUUAAUCUUGCACUUAACCUACUAAAUAUGGACACUCGAAAUUUCACAAAAAUGUAGACGUAGUGGUAAAGUUGUUGACUCGCCGUAUUUUUAGAAGCUUUCCCAUUUAACGUCAGAAAAAAGGUAAUAAAACUAAUUUAAGCAUGCUGAACUUCUGGCUCGAAUACAGUUCUUAUGAAUCUAACAGGUGAUCCGUCGAAAGGAAAGAAAUCAGUGUUUUCCAGUCUUUCUACCCCUCUUUAAAUUCUUCAUCUUUGUCAGAAAUGCCUUGUAAUUUUUUUAUAAUUAAACCUUAAACUACUUUUCUAAUCAUGCUUUUAUCCAUUUAGCCCGGUUUCACUUUUAUGUCGAUUAGUAUAUUCGAACGGGUAUUUUUUUCUUAUGCACAUACAAGGGACACGCCCUAUCCCUCCCUCCAUAUCCAUUAAUAUCAAAAAGACGUAUCCUCUUUCCAUAAUCUUCAGAAAAAUGCUGUUUUCCGAUAUUUUUAGCACAAUUUCUGAUAAUUUCUCAAUUUGAUAAUCCUCCUUGCCGACAGAUCGGAAGUCUGUUUGGGCCCAGAUUUCUGCUGAAUCUGUACAUAGCAGGGGCGAUCAGCGGGUCCAGCUUCUAUUUAGUGCACCAAGCUCUGACUUCCCCUUCCUUCAGGGUAAUCUCCCCUGUUGAUCUUGAAAUGCUGAUGCUUUUCUUCCAUCCCUGGAGAACCCCGUUACCUUCAAGAUCCCCCCCCACUGACAACAAGUUGCCAUCUUUUUUCUUGGAUAUUUCAGCAUGCGGACAUGAUGAUUCACUCGAGAUCCUAUGCACUGGUACACAAUUUCGCUCAGAUGGUUAUGUGAGUUACCGUUUUUUGCCACAUAAUUUCCAUCAAAUUCCUCGUCUUCCCAUUCCACAGGGCGCUAGCGCGGCUGUAAAUGCCAUUCUCCUCCUUGAUGUGUUCCUCUUCCCUAAGAACAUAUACUAUCUCAACUUCUUCAUCCCUGUUCCUGCGGCAUUGAUGGUGGGCUCUCUCCCUUUAUGGAAAAAAAAAUGAGACAAUUCCAUGUUUUCAGACCGAUUCCUAAACCCUUUUGAUCGAUCUGUUGUCUCAGGGGGCGAUAAUCAUCGGAUCCGAUCUGUGGAAGAUUAAAAAGGUGAUGUGCCCCUGGUUUUCUGAGUUUCCAAAUCUGGCGUAGGAUCAUCCUCUCUGAUUCCUGUCUCAAUUCCACAGGGAGAGGAGCGAAUUUCUGGGUCAGCGCACCUCGGCGGUGCCCUAGUUGCGGCGCUGGUGUGGGCGCGGAUCAGGAAGGGUUGGAUCUGA